UUUAAGAAUUUGAAUAUACGUCAUUUCCCAAAAUCCCCUCCAGAAUCUAUUAUUUAAUCGUAUCCCCUCAUCCAGUACUCUUAGAAGCUACACUGCAAAAACCACUUCCAAAUUCCAAGUGAGAAAGAAAGAGAGAGUGAGAUAGAUAGAUUAGGAAGUCGUCCUGAAUGUCAUAUGUUCGUUUCUCAUUGCAGCUCUUGCUUUCCCUCAUUCCAUGCUAAUUAAAUUGAUUCAAUUCAGUUCAGAUAAGGCCUUUUUGCUCACUUGGAAUUAUUUAGUUUUGUAUAUGUUUCUUAAUUAAUUUCUUUUUGAUGUUAUGUAGAGCAGCGGUUAAUGACUUGUAUGCAGUACCACUCCUUUAGCUACCAAAAUUAAGCACUAGUUUAGUAUUAAAUUCCGAAUUCUAUCAUAAGUUGGCGUUUUCCAUCAAUUACUAAAACUGUGAAGGAUGUUGCCCCUCUUCGAUCCAAAUGACAGCGAAGCCGGUAUGAAGCUUUUGGAGGACCUCACUUCAAAUGCAUACCAAAUACAACAACAGGUAUUGCAGCAGAUACUCGCAACAAAUGCAGGUACAGAAUAUUUGAUGGGGUUUCUCAGUGGCCAAUCUGACAAGCAACUCUUCAAGAAGAAAGUCCCUGUUGUGAGCUAUGAAGAUGUCAAGCCCUAUAUCGAACGAAUUGCUAAUGGAGAGCCUUCGGAGAUCAUUUCUGCUCAGAAAAUAACUGAGCUUCUCACAAGCUCUGGCACUUCAGGAGGGCAGCCAAAGAUGAUGCCUUCCACUGCUGAAGACUUGGACAGAAAGACAUUCUUUUAUAAUCUCCUUGUGCCUGUGCUUAACAAGUAUGUAGAAGAUUUGGACAAAGGAAAAGGAAUGUACCUUUUGUUUAUCAAACCAGAAAUUACAACACCCUCUGGUUUGAUGGCAAGGCCUGUCCUAACCAGCUACUACAAGAGCAAAAAUUUCACAAACCGGCCUUUCAACCGGUUCAACAUAUACACCAGCCCAGACGACACCAUUUUGUGUUCGGACAGCAAGCAGAGCAUGUACUGCCAGUUACUCUGUGGUUUGGUACAGCGGGACGAGGUUCUGAGGGUCGGUGCUGUAUUUGCAUCUGCAUUCUUGAGGGCUAUCAAGUUCUUAGAGGAUUACUGGAACGAGUUGUGCUCCAACAUAAGAUCAGGCCAUGUCAGCGACUGGAUCACGGACCUCAGUUGCAGAAAUGCAGUGUCUGAGAUCCUCCUCCUCAACAAAGCCAAUUCAGAUUUGGCAGAUUUGAUUGAGCGUGAAUGCAGUGGGAGUUCAUGGGAAGGCAUAAUCAAGAAGCUUUGGCCGAGAACAAAAUUCAUUGAAGUUAUAGUUACAGGGUCCAUGGCCCAAUACAUCCCAACCCUUGAAUUCUUCGGUGGAGGACUCCCUCUGGUAUCCACAAUGUAUGCUUCUUCCGAAUGCUACUUUGGAAUCAAUUUCAAGCCACUCAGCAAGCCCUGUGAUGUCUCUUACACCCUCAUCCCCAGUAUGGCCUAUUUCGAGUUCUUACCUGUUCAGAGAAACGUUGGAGAUCAGGUGGUCCAUUGCAAUGGUACUGUUUCUGAUCAGAAUUGCCUAGAGGAGGACCAAAAUGAUAAACUGGUUGAUCUGGUGGAUGUGAAGCUUGGUCAAUAUUAUGAACUUGUCGUUACAACUUUCACAGGGCUAUACAGAUACAGAGUUGGAGAUAUUCUAAUGGUGACCGGUUUCCACAACAAUGCUCCUCAAUUCCGUUUUGUACACCGAAGGAACGUGGUGCUAAGCAUUGAUACAGACAAAACCAGUGAAGAUGACCUUUUAAAGGCAGUGACAAAGGCAAAACUGGUGCUGGAGCCACUGGGGUUCCUUCUAACGGAGUACACUAGCUACGCAGACACCAGCUCAAUCCCAGGCCAUUAUGUGCUAUUUUGGGAGCUGAAAAUGAAAGGUAAAAACAUCAAUGUGGAAGCAGAGCUGGAUGGUAAUAUAAUGGAAGAGUGCUGCUCCACGGUGGAAGAAUGGCUGGAUUCGAUUUAUAGAAGAUGCAGGAAAAAGGACAAGUCGAUUGGACCACUAGAGAUAAGAGUUGUGAAGCAGGGAGGUUUUGAUGCUCUGAUGGACUUUUGUGUGUGUCAGGGGUCUUCAGUUAACCAAUACAAGACGCCCAGAUGCAUUAAAUCCGAGGAAGCCAUCAGGAUUUUGGACUCAAGGGUGGUGGCAAGAUUUUUUAGUCAAAAAACUCCUUCUUGGGAGCCUUUUAGAAUGGAUAUCAUCUCUGAGUAAUAUAUGUUAACCACAUGUUCAUGUAAUGGUAUGGGAUAAUUGCAUUGCAUUCCAUGUUUCUUUCUUUCUUUCUUUCUUUUUUUUUUCCUUUUUCUUUUCUUUUUUCUUAAGAGUUUUAAUAACAAACAUUAAAUUUGUAAAAGAUAUUGUCGCUAUUCUAUGUUUGCCUAAUUCAGAUGGUGUAUUUUGGAUUUGUAUGGAAAAAGAGAUAUAUAAGAGUUUUUAGA